AUGGACUCUAACCAUAGUCCUCCAAGCUCCUCUCUCCCCAGUGACCCUCCGCCGCCCUAUUCAGAUAUCUCACAACCGGCAACUUCAGCAACUGGAACAGUUGCCAACUCUUAUCCAGUGGCAAAGCCAUUCGUUCAGGAAUGUGCAGACUCAUCGCAAGUUGCUUUGCCAAAGACUUUGAUCGCACACUAUCACCUUUCGUAUCGGAAUUUCCAUCUCGGUGAUGGAUCUAAUAAGAAAAUAUUUGCUGCCUCUGUCUACGCGGGUCUUACCGGUAGUGGUGUUAAUCGCUUGUGCAUGUUGAUUCAUAAUGGACCGUCUGCCAAGGAUAAGGUGCUGGCAGCGGCUGGAGAACCAUACAAAUCCGACGACACGGCCCUUACAUUCAAGAGCCUCAUCAAUCUCUCUCCUGUGUCGAAUCAGGAGAACGUUGUCAAGGCUGGAGACUUGACGGUUGCUAUGGAAGACAUGUCAGCUCGGCUGUUGGAGGACGACCGUACAGUCACCUUUCCCUUCUCAAUCCUUACAGAGCGUAUCUCCAAAGCCGACACCAAGGGCAAACGGGAAGAAACCAACGGCGGCUUCCACCUGGCGCACUUUGAGUGGCGCAUGACAGCAAAAGUCGAGAUACUCGAUAAGAAUUACGCUCAUGAGUACAAACUCUUUCGACUUCAGCCUCCAUCCGCAAUCGGUAGCAGCGUAGCUUCAGACAAAGCUGUUGCGAUUACAUCAUUCAAGCGGUUGGUGAGCCUUACCAAAUCAUUCAAGAUGGUAUUCGUCGACGUUGAAGCUCAAUACGGUCCCGCAGAGCGAUGGAGGCUCAUGGCAUUAAUCACUGCGCUGAGAAUCUGGCAACAUGAGCAAACAAGCUUUUACUCUUCGAAUGCCAUGGUCGAAACGACUGGCAAGUGUGUUUAA